UAUACUAAAUUUUCACUUUGGAUUAAACCAAUAAGACAAAUAUGUCGAUAUUUUGCAAAGUUGCUAAUCUAAUCACUUUUGCCAUAUUGGUGUCAAACUCUGUUUGUGGGGAGGAUGCAUUUCUAUAUGACGUUUUCCCCCCAGGUUUCCAGUGGGGCUUUUCCACAUCUAGUUAUCAGAUUGAAGGAGCAUGGAACGAAGACGGCAAAGGAGUAAAUAUUUGGGACACAUUUGUCCACCGAUUUCCAUCCCCAAUUCCAGACAAGAGAAAUGGUGACAUUGCCUGCGAUUCGUACCACAAAUUUGACCAUGACGUUUCGCUCCUCAAAUAUAUCGGGGCCAAUGUUUAUCGUUUCAGUUUAUCCUGGAGCAGAAUUCUUCCCACGGGACGGAUAGAUCACAUAAAUCCAGCCGGAAUCCAAUACUACAAUAAUCUGAUUAACCUCCUCCUUGCCAACGGUAUCGAACCUAUCGUCACGCUACAUCAAUGGGACUUGCCCCAACCUCUCAUGGAUAUUGGUGGAUGGCAAAAUGAGGAAGUUAUCCAGCACUUUAGUAAUUUUGCUAAUCUCGCCUUUCACGCGUUUGGGGAUCGUAUACGGAAAUGGGUUACGUUUAACGAGCCAAAUGUAAUGUGUGUGCAUGGAUACUUAACCGGGAAAUAUGCCCCCGGACACAAAAAUAUUAAUGAAGCCCUAAAUAGUGCCCGCAACAUUGUAAAGUCACAUGCGAAGGUGUACCGCCUCUAUGACCGGGUUUUUCGUCUCCACCAAGGCGGGAAAGUGGGAAUGGCUUUGUUCUCAUACUGGUUGGAGCCAAAAGAUCCACAGAAUCCGGCUCACCGAAAGAUAGCUGAAUAUGGGAUGCAGAUUAUGUGGGGAUCCUUCGCAUUUCCCAUAGUUUUUGGGAAUUAUAACGACGAAACGAAACAACUGCUGGGAAAACUUAGGAAAUUAAAAUUAACAUCGGCCCCGGUGGAAUUCACUUUGGAAGAAAGUGUCGAAAUAAAAGGAAGCUACGAUUUUUGGGGCCUAAAUCACUACUCGACAUACCUAGUGGAGCCGAGUAAAUUGACGUCAUCUAUUUUGCAUGGAGACCUAAUCGGUUUGGUACUCGGCGCUAAGAUAUCCGUUGAUCCGAAAUGGCCCCAAGGUGCAAGAAACGACAUAACCGUGGUCCCCUGGGGUUUGAGAAAAACGUUGAACUGGAUCAAAGAGAGGUAUGGAUCUCCAGAAAUUUACAUAAUGGAAAACGGAUAUCCCGACUAUCCAAACGCAGGAGUGGAGGAUGUUUCCAGGGUACAGUUUCAUCGCGGGUAUAUCAACGAAAUGCUGAAGGCUGUCAGACUCGAUGGUGUUGGGGUAACCAUGUACCUGGCGUGUGGACUUCUCGACUCGUUUGAGUGGUCGCUCGGAUACACCGUAAAUUUUGGAGUGGUCUACGUAAACCAUAGCGAUCCUGAAAGACCUCGGACACCUAAACUUUCAUCAGCUUGCCUUCAACAAAUUUUUGCCGAGAAUGGAUUUACUUGAACAAAUUUGUAACUUUUGACACUACAAAUAUGAUAAUUUAUACUGAUACGAUACUCUUAAAGGGUAAAAUUGUUAUAUACAAGAAAAAACCAGUGCAUUACUCCGCAUUACUCCAAAAUCCUUAAUAAAAGUGCUUAAUAGUGUUUUCGAAUAAUUUGAAACGGAAAUUUAAUUCCCUGAGUUUUGAGUGUAUGCACAAUUUUUUUUAAAAGAAAUAUCAAAAACUUAAUUAUGACACAUUUUGUUGAUAUAAAUAUGAUUUGACUUUCUUCCAUCUUCGCAUUGUCAUAUUGCAGUUUGAUUUACGGAAUGAGGACUUGAUAUUAAAAACUAAAUAGGUUUAGUUAUUACCAAAAUAGUAGAUUGUCUUCAUCAGGGUUGCCGAAAUAUAAUUUGUAGAAACGGGUGUACAAAUUUUGUGAUACAUACAAUAAUAUUUUCCUUGGUAAUUAUGGGAUCUUCUUAAAAGUGGUAGGAUGGUAGGGAUUCAAAUGGGGUUCAUGUUUUCGCCAUCUCUGAUGUUCAUGGUAAGAGGAAAUUUUUUAAUGUAUAGUGACCACUUUAGUUUGCGGUGAAAGUAAUUUUGUUGAGAUGUGAACACUUGUCGGACCAUGAAUAUUAUGCACACUCCUGGCAUGUACUUAUUAACCUCCUGGCUACGAAACUACACAUAUUUGUGUAGAGAAAGUACUUCCAUUCGAUGGUAAAAAGUGAAUUUUUUUCGAUAUUUUUCUACUGAAUUUUGGAGUCUUCCCUAUACGUACCAAUAUUAAAAAGUGGAGUUUCGUAAAAAAAACUCAAAACUCGGCAACUUGAUGAAAUUUUAAUUGGUUGCUAUCAGGUGUAAAUAUAAAAUAGGUAAAGAAGGGAACUUUUAUUAAAAAAUUAGUAGUAUGAAACAGGUUAAUUGAAUUGUCCAUCUAUACAAGCAGUGUGUGUACCCACUUCACUAAAGAUUACACUUUAUGUAUCUCACAUUAAGCCAACUAUAAACAUACAACAGAUAAUGCUGCUUAGGGAACGUGCAUUUAUUACAUCAUAAUUUUAGUGGGUGGGUGGUUUAGGUCUUCCUAUCUUUCCCAUGUUAAAAUUCCCUAUCCCUUAAUGUUUACGUUGGGUGGGUGGGUGCUAAAAUCGAGAAUUUUUUAUGACAUAAUAUAUGGAUGGUCCCUCACCGUUCAAGGUGACAUCACUUUUUGCCACAUCAUGCACAAUUGAGUGUAUGUAUAAUGUCACAGUUUCUCCUGUACAUUGUGAUCGGACAGUCGCACAAAAAAUCCAAAUUAUUUAUUUCACCAUGGCAACCUCAUAUUCGGUUCCAACAAAUAUAAAUUUCCUAAAACUAGUAAAAAGUUACGUUUCAUGUUUAGGCCAUGGUGCAUAUGGUGUAGUACUAAAGGCCGAAUACAGCUCGAGUAGGUGUACCUGCAUUAAAUUUUUCAGGAAUCACGGAAAAAUAGAUUUCAUCCCUAAUUUAGCAGACUUACCAGUUCAUCCCAACAUUGUGAAAGUUGUCUACUUUUCAAAUAAGCAAGAACUAAAACCGGAAAAAUUACGGGAAAUUUUGGAAAUAUGUCCCCCAUCGUUUUCGGAGUUCUUUGAAAGUCAAACCAACUCUAUCACUUGUGUGCAGAUGGAAUUAUGUGGUUUUAACAUAAACGACUGGAUAAACCGAGAAAAAUCAAGGGAAAUAAGUAUUGUGCAACAACUCUACCAAGUGGAAAUUGUGCUCGAUUUGAUUUCUGGAUUGAAAUUUCUCCACGAAAAUAAUAUCGUUCACGGCAAUUUAAAACCUACAAAUAUAUUGUUCUCUAAGGAGUACGAUUUACCCGUAAAAAUAGUAGACUUUUGGCUAUCCAGGAUAAUUUCGCCACUUUCCCAAGAAAAUGAUAGUAAUCAAGACUAUUUUGCACCGGAAGUGGAGACUGGAAACUAUUCCUUUCAAGGAGAUCUCUACUCUCUGGGCCUAAUUAUUUGGGAAGUGGUCAAUUUACUUGACAUCUCAAAAAAUAAGAAAGAGUAACAAUAAUCAAAACCGGAAAUUCGAGAGGCAAACAAGUUUGAUCUUUUAAAACUAUUUAGUUUUCAUAGUAAAUUUUUAUCAGCGCAACGUCACCAAUAUUUCUAUCCAAAAGAAUCAAUUAAUUUUUUAAAAAUUAUACGAACACAAUUUUUCUGAGACUAGUAAUUUUUAAAAACUAAAGAAUUUUAUUUAUUUUUACUUUGAAUUUCUAAAACAAACUACAAAUCUUUUGAGUGAACAAUUUGCGCUCAUCAGCUCUACGAACUGUUCAAAUCUUAACAAAAUCAAUCUUUUGUGUAUCUUUUGAACUUCCGGUUUUGAUUAUUGCAAUGCGAAAAACCAUAUUUCACAGAUUACUGUCUGAUACACACCGAACUCUAAUCGAGAAACAUCCCCUUCUCGAGGAGGAUAUUAAGAAACUUAUUGUCCAUCUUACAAAAACGAAUGUUUCCGAGAGAUUCCUUAAUAUUUCGGAACUCGACCCAUUCACAAAUCUUUGGGAUAAGAUUACUAUCCAUGACACCACGGCGAACGUCUCAAAUGAUGCAGAACUACGAUUAUGCGUGCAUUACAUGAGGUCUGGAUGCACCAUUAAUCUGAGCGCGGGAAAUUACCCGGGCGGAUACUGUUUGAACAAUGACGCCAUAACAAUUAUUGGGGAAAGUGAGAAAACUCUGAUCGAAUGUAAAGAUUCGGUAGGAUUUCAUGUGUUUGCGAAUGACUGUACCAUUUCCAACGUCACAAUUUCCGAUCGGGAGGACGACACUGGGAUCAUUUUGGAAGGAUGUCGCAACAAAGUGGACAAUAUUAUUGUCAAAUUUUCCUCUUUUCCGUCCGCCGCGGUGUAUACUUCGCCAACGUCUAGUGAUUGUAUGAUUACAAAUGUUUCGGGAAACUAUGUCGACACGGGGAUCUGGCUGGAUGGGUCGAAUCACCAAGUAGAAAAUAUUGCGCUUUCCAGAAAUCAUCAAACAAAAUUGGACGCUAUAAAAAAGAAUCAUCAAACCUGGGAUCUAACCAUUCUCGCAAAAAAUUCAAGCGUAAAAAAUAGCUCGUUCGACAGCGUUUUAAUCAAGGGAGAAAAUACCAUCUUAAACGGAGUCCGUGUAAAACAACAAAUAGUAAUUGAGAAGAAUGCAAAGGGAACAAAAUUAGCAGAGUGUAAAGCAAAGGAAUUAGUUACAUCUUCUUUCGAUGAAGUCGUGAAAUAUUGUAAAUUUGAUACUAUGCGUGGUAAUAAUUAGCUCAUCCAGUCAUACUAAAUUUACUAUUAAAUACAUCGUUAUCAACACUUAAUUUGUAUGUAUCUGUAAAGUUUAAAUAACUGUUAAGCAACCCUUUUAAGUAUUUAAUUGAUUCAUACUUAUCCUUAAUUUUAAUUAAAUGCAGAAUGAAAAAUUCAA